CGGGUGUAGCGCUCCAAAGUCCAGGCUGCACUGAUAUGCGGAGUCGCCGUGGACUCCGACGAGCUAUGUUCAGUACCACUGCCUCUGAUAGAGGCUGACUUUCAUACCUGUUUCGUGGCUUUGCACUGUGGCUACUAGAGAGACACGUCGAUGGACAAGUGCGACGGUUCGGGUGGCGCGUAUUUACAAUCGCUGGCGGUGAGCCAUGGAGGAGUUGAGCUGGCUGUGGCUCUUCGACUCGUAGAGGAGCAUUGGUCCCAAUCACUAGCGGCAGCGACAGGUCUGGACUUGGAGUUGAGUCGGCCUGCAUUGGUGGGCAGCAAUGAAUCUGGGCUCUGGUCAGAAUCUGUGGCGAGAAGCGGGCAUGAGCAGCCGCCACAGUUUCUUGAAGUUUUCACGACGAACCGUGGUAACUCACAGUUCUCGGAAUGUCCGGCGUUGAUGGGAAGCCGGCACGAAAGUGUUUGCGUGGAAGCAGAUGUUGCACCUGCUACUGAUAGCCCUAGUGAAUGCGAAGAGCAGCCACGCACACAUUUAACCGAGCAUGAUCCGCUCACUGCAGAGCCUCUGUUCUUGCCCUCAUUUGAGGCGACACCUGAACCAGACUGGCUCAUGGACACAGAGAACGCGACAGAUGACGAAGGCGUCGAGGAGGAGCAAAGACGAACUCCGAUGAUGUACAGUGGGAUCGCAUUGGCUGUUCAGCGUCCAAGAGAUAUGCAUACAAAUGAAGACGAUGCGGUGAUGGCAUUCGCCAAAGCGGCUUUCCCUGCUCUGGCUGUCCGGUGGCGUUCAUUCUCUCCUCCGACCUCUACGUCGGAUGAUUCGCAACUCCAGUCUUCUGAGGGUGUACACUCUACUUCUAUUACAGGACGUUCAGAUUCUCCUCAGGAACAAUGCCCAACAACAAUCGAGUUGGAACGCGAGCGCUCAGCAUGUGCAUCGGAGAAGUGGCCAUCUCCACCUCCAGAGGAUCAUCACUGGGGCUCGGGUGGAGAAUCCACAACUAUAAUAUUCUCCUCGGCGGACGAUGAACUGGGUCAGUUGUCCGAGCCAGACUGGGAAUCCCUCGUCGAGCUGCCUGAAUUGGUGCAGACACCUCGUUCCUUCUCAAUUGAGGUACUGGAAGGUCUGCAGUCUCCAGAGGUCGCCGAAGAUUCGGUGACAGUAGACAGCCCAUGCGUUCCAGCACUUCUCGGAUUGUUGGAUGGCGCACUAGAUCAACUUUCAUCCCCAGGUUCCGUCGCGGCCCCGAUAUUGACGGAAGACGCAACAAUCUCCUUCGUGGCGGGCACCGUUUCGGAUUACUCGCCGGAAGGCAUUGACCAGGGAUUAUCUAAUGAGCAUCCGCAGUCUAUAUCUUCCCCUGCAAUGGAAGUGAUGGAGCAAUCACAGUUUGAAAGGCACGUCGACAGUCCUAUGCAUGCGGGGCUUAGACUGUCUAGCCAAUCCUCGCGCGACGAACUGUCUUCCCUGUGCCCGGGCGUUCUCGAAGUUGUACACGGCAUGGACGGUAUUCCAACAUCACCCUCAUGGGACGACAUUCCCAGCCCUACUUCAGAAACUAUCGACCACAACACAGACGCUGUACGUGCAAAGGUUACCGAUGAUUCUGAGGAGGUAGCCCGGAUGAAUGAUACCUCCAGCCCUUCUGCCGAAACUGUCAGCUAUGAUACGGACGCGGCAUACGUGGAGAUGCCGACUGUUUCCCAGAAGGAAACCUGGGUGCAGGGCCCAUCCAGCCUACUUUUGGAGCCAAUGGACAGCGAUUCGGGUGCGAUGUAUGCAGAGAUGAUGGGACCGGUGACAUCUCCGGAGGAUGGGAAGUCAUCUCACCCUGCUGAGUUGGUCAGCGCAGGAUCUAAUGUGAAGCUGGUGAAGUCAUCGCAAGAGUCCUCUCCGCUGGACAAUAUGUUGGUGAUGUACACAACUCUUCUUGACAUGGAGUCUACCCCCGAACCUACAGAAGCGCCGAAACUCCCAGCUACCGUCCGAGACCAUGUGACUUCGGGUACCGAGGACGUUCCUCAGGCGGGGUCUACACCUAUUCUAGAACCUGCGGAUAGCAAUGGUUCCCUCUCUGACAGUGUAUCGGAACAUGCCUCAGGAGCAGAGGUAGGCGCAAGACCACCUCGAUCUUUCUACGCGGUCGUCACCCCUCCUCUGUCUCCAGUUUCGGUCCAUGCCGAACUUGCGACUGAGACACAAGACACUUUGCAUUCUAGAUCGUCAUUCUCGCAAGAAACGGUGCAGUUGGGCGAGCAAGCAUUAUCAAAUGACCUGAUAUCAGCAAAUACUAUGGAGCUGCCUGCAACGCCUGGACUGUUGGAGCGGUCACGGUCACCAUCUUUGUCAUUGCAGUCUUUACCUACCGCAUCCUUUGAGAACGCGGACGUGGCGUCAGUAACUGAUCGUUCACAGCCGAUCUAUUCUUCACAAAACGCGGUGUCUGAGCAACCUGUAUUUGGUCCGCCACUACUCCUUAUAGGCACGCCUUCUACAGCUGGCGAUGCGGAAAUUGAGCCGAACCAAGUGCGCAAUUGUGGAACAAUCGAAGAAAGCCAUCUUCAAGCAUCGUCCUCACCGUCGGAUGUUGUCCCAAAUCAAAAACCAAAGCGCAAAAAGCCAUCGUCCGCCAAAACCAGAAAGGAAGGGCCCCCGUCCAAGCGGCGACGUACAGUGAAGGCUGUCAUAUCGACCGAUCUGCGCGAAGAUACAGGCAAUGUAGGUGGCACAGGAGGCUCGCGAACUUACUACCGAGAGUAUCUGUACGAGGCCUCUUCGAGUCAGGGCCCUGGAUUGUACUACCGACCGCGCCAGAAUCAGACGUUGCAGGUCUCAGCAUCACCAAUCUCGAUCAAUGCACCUGUGCAGAAUCUGACUGAAGUAGUCAUCGGUUUGAUGACGCGUAGUGAAGGCACGACUCGCAAUUCAGUCUCUUGCACAAAACCACCCGAGGUUGCGCAGCAUAAUCCUUCAAAUAAUGAUCAUGUAUGUGAUGGCGCUCAAUUACGUGCGGAGUCUGCCCAACAUUUGAAUGCGCCUACAAGAGUUCCGACAACGACGCUGGCAUUAUCACAUCCACACUACCCCCUGCGCUCUGACCGUUCAGCGAACGAAUCCCUGCAACCGACUCGGGCCAUGCCUGAUUCACAGAACCCACUUGCUUGGCCCUCUGCAUAUAAUGCCCAGUCUGUACUAUCCAUGAACCCUACCACGGCCCAGAAACAGCCAUCGGAGACGGUCCAGCGUCAUGGAGAUCCCGGUCAAUUGGAUCGUUGGAGUGCUCUUGUCGAAGCCUCGGUUGCUGUGCGAGAUAACAGUGCCGGCAGUUCAAACUCCAUUACAGAAAAUCCAUCAAUUCCGGAAGACCAAUCCGAGCACAGCCUUGAAAGGCAGAAACUAGAGAAACUGAUUAUCGAGACGAAUACAGCAUCUGGCACCGCGACCGGUAUUGUAUUCCCCUUUGAGGCACUUGUCCUACAGUGGAUUUUCAACGACGUCACACCGCUGCCACCCCAAAGCUGGAGGGUGUUGAUAUCGGUAGCCUUCAAUUGGUCAAUCAAGAAAGUGUCACAGUGGUUUUACAAUCGACGUGGAAGGCGAAAGAAAGGCGCGCAGAUGCCUCUAAAGAUUGAUCACCCUGAUGAUGUCGUGAAUGUGACCGUUGAGGAGGUCGUUGUCGGCAUGCGUCGCAAAGCACUUGUCGGAGGUCCUUGGACGGCUAUGAGGUUUCGGCGAGAGCUUUAUCCGCGGCUCGAGGAGCAGAAGCGAAUCUAUUUAAUACAAUGUAACGGCCUUUUAACAGAAUCUUGGUGAAUAGCCGCUGAUGGGAUGUGAAAAUUGCAUGGUACAUGAUGAGAUAUCAUGUAAGGAUGAAUAUAUGUUCUUGUGGUCUGUGCCACACAUUGUAUAAUGCAGUUGACCUACGUAUUUACCAGAUAUAGCUCUUCUUUUGGUUGGCAGGCCAAGAUCAUUUUGAAAACGG